UUGCGAGGUGCGGAGAAGAAGAGUUCUUGCGGCGGCGUGGUGGGGGGGAGGACAUGGAUUCUUGGAUUGGGCAGUCAUCCCUGAGCUUGGACCUCAACGUCGGUCUGCCGUCGACGGCGAGGAAAGCUCCGGCGGCGCCGAUAAAGGUUCUUGUGGAGGAGAACUUCUUGGCGGUAAAGAAGGAUCACGAGGUUGAGGCGCUGGAGGCGGAGCUCCGGCGAGCGGGCGAGGAGAACAAGAAGCUGAGCGAGAUGCUGAGGGCGGUGGUGGCCAAGUACACCGAGCUGCAGGGCCAGGUCAACGACAUGAUGGCGGCUGCGGCGGCCGGCAACCACAACGCCGGCAACCACCAGUCGUCGUCGACGUCGGGGGGCGGCUCGGUCUCGCUGUCGAGGAAGCGCAUCCGCAGCGCCGACACCCUCGACGACGCGCACCACCGCAAGCCCUCCCCGCCGUUCGUCGCCGCCGCGUACGUCUCCCCCGACCAGAUGGAGUGCACGUCGGCGGCCGCCGCCGCCGCCAAGCGCAUCGUCCGCGAGGACUGCAAGCCCAAGGUGUCCAAGCGCUUCGUCCACGCCGACCCCUCCGACCUCAGCCUCGUGGUGAAGGAUGGGUAUCAAUGGCGGAAGUACGGGCAGAAGGUGACCAAGGACAACCCAUGCCCGCGCGCCUACUUCAGGUGCUCGUUCGCGCCGGCGUGCCCGGUGAAGAAGAAGGUGCAGCGGAGCGCCGACGACAAGACCAUACUGGUGGCCACCUACGAGGGCGAGCACAACCACGGCCAGCCGCCGCAGCACGACGGCAAGAGCUCCUCGUCGUCAGCCGCAGCCACCGCGAAGCAGCAGCAGCAGCCGACGCCGCCGAGCGAGGGCGCCAUCCGGCUGCAGCACCGGCAGCAGCAGGAGCAGCAGGCGGCGGCGGCGGCCGGGCCGUCGACGGAGGUGGCGAGGAAGAACCUGGCGGAGCAGAUGGCGGUGACGCUGACGAGGGACCCCGGGUUCAAGGCGGCGCUCGUCACCGCCCUCUCCGGCCGGAUCCUCGAGCUCUCGCCAUCCAAGAACUGAUUUUUCAUCAUCGAUCGCCGGAAAUCAACCCGACGACGGAUCAACUCGUCCAAUUAGCAACGUUAUUAGCUGAGAUCGCAUCGAUCAUGCAUCGAUCUGCAUGCAUAUAUAUGAACAGGCGCACACGCGCGCGCUGCUCGGAGUUAGGUUAGAGAUAUGAUUAACUUUAUGUACAUAUAGUGUUUGAUUCAAUUAGCUCAAUCUAGUGGCAGUAUGAUGCAAUUGAGAAGCAAAACGAUGUUCGUGACAAUUGUGAUUCAGUUAGUGCAUUAUAUUCAUAGAGAUCUAUUCAGAGUCCCUCAGAUGUAUGUGUAGAGCACUGAUGUUAUCGCAUGCUUGUUGUUGCAAUCAAUUUAAUGGGACGCGAGUAACCUUUGCCAGAUUAUGUAACUGACCAAACUGAUG